GGAGCAAAUCCUGACUUCUACAAACCAAGCAGGGCUUCUUUGUUUCAAGGUGGCAAACUGUUGUGCUGUGAGUCCUGCCCAGCUUCCUUCCACCCCGAGUGUCUCAGCAUAGAAAUGCCUGAGGGCUGCUGGAAUUGCAAUGACUGUAAAGCGGGCAAGAAGCUGCGGUACAAGCAGAUCGUUUGGGUCAAGCUUGGGAAUUACAGGUGGUGGCCAGCAGAGAUCUGCAAUCCCAGGUCUGUGCCUCUCAACAUACAGGGCCUCAAACAUGAUAUCGGGGACUUCCCAGUAUUUUUCUUUGGUUCACAUGACUACUAUUGGGUACACCAGGGCAGAGUUUUCCCUUAUGUUGAAGGAGAUAAAAGCUUUGCUGAGGGGCAAACUAGUAUUAACAAGACCUUCAAGAAAGCACUUGAAGAAGCAGCAAGGCGUUUCCAGGAAUUGAAAGCACAAAGAGAAAGCAAAGAGGCAUUGGAAAUUGAAAGGAAUUCAAGGAAACCUCCGCCCUAUAAACACAUUAAAUCCAACAAGGUGAUCGGCAAGGUUCAGAUCCAGGUGGCCGACCUGUCGGAGAUCCCGCGCUGUAACUGCAAACCCUCUGACGAGAACCCGUGCGGGCUGGAGUCCGAGUGCCUCAACAGGAUGCUGCAGUACGAGUGCCACCCGCAGGUGUGCCCAGCUGGGGAGCGCUGCCAGAACCAGUGCUUCACCAAGAGGCUCUACCCCGACGCCGAGAUCAUCAAAACCGAGCGCCGCGGCUGGGGCCUGCGCACCAAGAGGAGCAUUAAAAAGGGUGAAUUUGUGAAUGAGUAUGUUGGGGAGCUGAUUGACGAGGAGGAGUGCCGGCUGCGGAUCAAACGCGCUCACGAGAACAGCGUCACCAAUUUUUAUAUGCUGACUGUAACCAAGGACCGAAUAAUAGAUGCUGGCCCAAAGGGGAACUACUCUCGUUUUAUGAACCAUAGUUGUAACCCAAACUGUGAAACACAGAAGUGGACAGUGAAUGGUGACAUUAGAGUUGGACUGUUUGCUCUUUGUGACAUUCCUGCAGGAAUGGAGUUGACAUUCAAUUACAACCUGGACUGCCUGGGCAAUGGCAGGACCGAGUGUCACUGCGGAGCAGAGAACUGCAGCGGCUUCCUGGGAGUGCGGCCCAAGACAGCAUUUGCAACGGCAAAUGAAGAGAAGGUGAAAAAUGCAAAAUUAAAGCAGAAGAAACGGAAAAUAAAAACAGAACAGAAGCAGAUGCAUGAGGAUAACUGUUUCCAGUGUGGAGAUGGGGGAGAGCUGGUGAUGUGUGAUAAGAAGGACUGUCCCAAAGCAUACCACCUCCUAUGCCUUAACCUGACUCAACCACCUUUUGGAAAGUGGGAAUGUCCAUGGCAUCAGUGUGACAUCUGUAGCAAUCCUGCCGUGUCCUUCUGUGAGUUCUGCCCCCACUCCUUCUGCAAGGAUCACGAGAAGGGAGCGCUGGUGCCGUCGGCGCUGGACGGCCGCCUCUGCUGCUCCGCACACGACCCCAAAUCUCCUGUGACACCCGAGUACUGGAGCAAGAUCAAGUGCAAAUUGGAAGCACAGAACGCUGUGGAGGAGGCAAAGGAGUGAAUUAGGUUAAAAACAAACACGGGAGGGGAGAAGAGGGGCA